UCUCAUGACUAAAAUGUAAGGGAUAAUAUAGUGUUAGUAUGUACUUUCCAUUUCAAUGUCUGCAUACUUGCUAUAUUAGCCCGACGGCCAUUUGUCCGGUACAAGGUGCUAAAGGUAGGUAAAAAUAUUACUAACUUUUCUUAAAUUUUCACGGCUGAUUUUUAUGUAUGUUUUAAAUAAUAAUGUUAAAAAUUUAUAAUCAACGUUGCCAGACCAUUUUCGCCGGCGAUAACUAUUACCAGACGCUUUGAAGUUGUCAAAAAAAAAGCUUUUAUUCUCACUCUUGAUUUUUAUAUAUAGGUAUUACACAUCAGUUAAAAUAUAAAAGAUGUUAUAGGGACCGUGCGCGUUGGAGGGUCUGCCAUUUUAUGGCCUGAAUCGGAACCAUAAACAUAUACAUUUACACGUCACGUGUUUUCUUGUGCAUAGUAAGUGCUGCCAUCUUGUGGGCUACAUCGGAACAAUAAACAAUCACAUUUACGCCUCGCGCCAAAAAUCUGACGGCUCCUGUGCUGUCUCCUACAGUUCAUGCACGCUCCCUAUAUAGUUUAGCAAGGCAUAUCUGUCAAAAGAAAAAGGCGGCAAAUUUAAAAUAAAUGCAGGCGCAGAGUUUUCCUCUCAUAAAAAAAACGGUCAAGUGCGGGUUCGUGUUACAAAAUCAGGCCCGUAAAGUUUUAUGACUUAGGCACUAACAUUAUGUGUAAAACCAGAUUGCCGCAGUGUCUAGAUAGGUUAUAAUGAUGCGACCUUGGUCAAAGAACCUGAAUAAGUCACGGCCACAGAUCACUUUCCUUAUUUACAAGACGACGAACGGUCACCACACAAAAACAGUGAAAUCGAAGUUCGCCAAUUGCGGGCACUUUCUUUCUCUGUCACUCUAAUUACAUCUUAGUGAGAGUAAAAGAGAAAGAUCCCUGCAAUUUGCGAAUUUCGGUUUUCGCGGUAGGCCCCCUGCUCCCAGGCGAAAUCCGUCGCACGCGCCCGCGCCAUUUAGCGCUGUUCAUACAAUUUCUUAUUAGACGGGGCGUCCGUUCCGGAUAAUCCGCGUCAGCUAGCGGAGGCCCUAUAUGAAAAAGGAAGUGGAGUCUUUAUGUCGACGUCUAUGAUCACGGCAAGCAGGAAAAGAAUUUGUAAAGAUCCUAUUAAAGUCAAUUAAUAUCAAUACCAUCAACAUCAACCUGUAGGCCUUAAGUGAAGGUGUUCCUCUUUAUAUGAUGCUUUGUUCAAAAGAUGCAGCGAGAGAAAAUAUUAUAAUUUAGCCGACUACGAUAAUAUCGUCGCUAUACUUACUCAACCUCGUAUCUAUAUAUUAGAUACGUAUAUCAGAUACGAGUUUGAGUAAGUAUAGCGACGAUAUGUAUCACGGCGCGCUGCCGAAUAUCAUGUCGCCAUAAGAUAUUAUAUCAGACCUUCUAGCGUGAAUUGCGUUCUCGUGCGACUUCAAGUAUGGAAUCGCGCGAGAGAACGCAACUCAUGCUAGACGGUCAGAGCUGCCAAGGUAGUCAUGCGUAAUCAGAACAUGCGCUGUAACUUCUUGAUAAGAUAAUAGACACUUGUUCAGAUAAUUGUGAACACCUUGGCUGCGCCAAUAUAUUCACAUACAUUGUACUAUUGUGCUUACUAUUUGUUAAUCAACUACUAUUCGGUAAUCACACUGAUGCUCCGGUGUGUAUAACUUUUUCAUUUCUCAUGCUCUGAAAGUCACUCAUUGUUUGUCUAUGAAGGAGGGUGAAAGUAAUAUAUUUCGGCCCUAGCGUAUUUUACUUUCUAGGUAUAUAUUUUUCAGUUCAAAGUGGAUAUGUUUUGUAAUUUCCAUUCUGUAACCUUCCAUAAAUAACGAUCCUUUUACUUAAAAUGUUCAGUGUUUCAGUUCCACGUAUUCGUAAUGAAAAGUAGGGACUCGGGUGAAAACACCCAUUUCUAAGUUUGUCGCUCUUACUUUGUUCAAGCCAAAAUAUCUCGUCAGAAAUGGGUGCCUUCCAUCAGUUCCAUCUCUUGGUUAAUAAUCUAUUAUUUUGACUUUUAAAAUCUGAGGCAUAAAUAUUGAAAAAUAAGUGUUUAUUUAUUUAAUCUUUAUUGCGCAAAGGAAAAACUUAUCGUACAAAAUUAGUGUUUGUAACUUUGAAUAAAUCUCAAUUUGUUUACAUAAGAAUAUAAAUAUUGUAAAUUCUCUCAACAAGGGAGAUACAAAAACACAGAAAACAUGACGUCAAUAUAUAUGACAUAUUAUUAAUAGAUAACCCAAACAACGUAACCAAUAGCUUUUGACACAAACUUCGUGUCUCAGUAUCAUUAUCGACUUAGUAGUUACUGAAAUACGAGGUAUCUAAAAUUGCCUGUGAAAUUUAGUACUUACAAGAAAAUGACAAAUAAAUGUCAACUAGUUUGCAGAGGUCGAAAAAAUAAAUGUUUCUUAAAAUAUUGUAUAUAAAUUAAGGGCAUAGGUAUCAAGUUUCAUUAAUAUUUUAUGCAUUAUAACGGACUGCAUUUUUGCAGUAGAAAAUCAUGUGUUUUAAAAUAUAAUAAUGAAAUUUACUUUAGUUUACACAAUAGUGGUGGCUGUUUUCGUCCCAUCAAGGUGUUUACGUACUACUUUGCCUGAAGAUGGACGACUCAAUUUUACGCAACUUGGAGCAAAAUAUGGACAUUCAGUUGAAGAACAUCAAGUGAUCACUGAAGAUGGGUAUAUUUUAACAAUAUUCCAUGUUAAAGGAAGAAGAAAAACUCCAGUUUUACUGCUACAUGGAGUUGCAGACACUGCCGAUUGCUACAUAAUUAGAGGAAAUAAAUCAUUAGUUAUAUCAUUAGCGAAUGCAGGUUACGACGUCUGGGCUGGCAAUGUCAGAGGAAACAAAUAUUCCCGGAGACAUCUCAAACUGAAUCCUGAUAAAGAUAAAAAAUUCUGGGACUUUACAUUCCACGACACCGGUAAUUACGAUGUUCCCGCCAUGAUUGACUACAUUCUGAAAACCACUGGAGAAAAGAAGCUGCAGACAAUUGGACAUUCUCAAGGAACGACUGUACAGUUUGUUUUAUUGUCUAAAAGACCUGAAUAUAACGAGAAAAUAAAGCUUUUCAUUGGAAUGGCACCGGUAGCUUUCUUAACGGACUUGAUACAACCAUUGUCGACUAUUGCAAGUCUAGCCCCAAUGCUCCGUGGACUGAUAGAAUCUACAGGAAUAGAAGAAACUUUCCCUGAUAACUCUUACAUGACCAAUUUUCUGAGACUUCUAUGCAGUCAAGAUUUCCUUGGCUACGAAUUAUGCUUCUUGUGGACAAGUUUUUACAUCACCGGAUUCGAUACCAAGCGUUUUGAUGCAGAAUUCAGUAAAAUUGUCGUAGGACACUAUCCGAAUCAUACUUCAAGAAAAAAUCUAGAACACUCCAACCAACUGAUUCUUAGUAAAAGAUUUUGUGAAUUUGACUACGGACCAGUAGAAAAUUUAAAACGUUACGGCUAUAUAGUUCCACCAAACUAUGAUUUAAGAAAAGUAACAACUAAAGUUGCAUUGUUAGUGGGUGAAAAUGAUCCGUUGUCCAGGAUCAAAGAUGUAGCGAUUCUGAGAACGCUUUUACCGAACGUAGUUAAAUAUCAUGUGAUGGAAGAUAAAAUAUGGAACCAUGUAGACUUUACUUGGGGUAAUGAUAUGCCUGUUACUCUGUAUCCAAUUUUAUUUCAGCUAUUGGAUAAAUACGACUAACUGGCUUGCUACAUUUGGGUACCGAAGAUUUUUUAAUUAAAUAAAGUGAUAAAGAAUAAUCUCAAGCUCGUAAAACAAACGUACCUACUGUCAUAAUUGGUAAUCAUGGUAUUUACUUGUGCUAUUGCCUGUAUUAUAAGUUACUUUUAUGCCUACUGUGAGUAGUAAUUGUGAGCAAUUGAUUAUUAAUUUAUUUAUUCAAUUCUACGUAAUUUAUGUACGCUGUAAGAGAUUUAAACAGCCAACGUAAUAAUACGUACCUAACUAAAAAUAAGACCUACGUUUAUUAGAAUUUUGCACAGCAGUGGGACACAACAGGCUCUCAAUAAAAAUAAUAACAUGAUUUGUAUUUGUACUGUAUUAUACAAGUCAAAUUCUAUAAAAUCUAUAUGUAUACAAAAACUCAUAAAUAUGUAUCUCGUUUUGCGAAUUUGUUAAAGAAAAAGUAAACUAAAAUAAAUUACACAGAUAGGUAUCUCAUAAAUACAGUGCUGCCAACAAUAGUGAGUUCGCGGCCAAAGUCCGGGGAAUCGCAGUGAAGCCUCGCUUGCUCCCCACGUCCCCGUACUUGAUGACCGGCGGACCAGAGGGCCUACCGCGAACCACGUUCGACGUGUUGCCUCUUUGUCGCACUUGUAAAUUCGUACGUAAGUGCGACCAAGAGGCAACACGUCGAACGUGGUUCGCGGUAGGCCCUCUGAGCUCAAAAUUCCACGAACAACGUGCAUGAAUUAUGUAUACCUUUACUGUUGUUUACUUUUAUUUAAAUACCUAAAGAUACAGAGUGUAAGUACAGUCAUCAAAAAUAGUAGCGGAUCAGACUUCGCGUCAAAAAUAUCUUCUCGAAUAGCUUACUAAAAAAGAUAUGUAUCAAUAUGUGGCAUAGGCAUCAUCUAUGAAAAGGGACCUUAUUGUCGAUGGCGCUUACGCCAUAAUGCGUCGUGCGGUGUUGCAUUUAUAUCGGAGCAUCGUUAAUAAGGGCAGAAGUGCCAUCGACAAUAAGGCCCCCUUUCAUAGAUAAAAUCUGUCGGCUUUUAACAGCCCACGGUGGUGGUGGUUUUAACAACCCGACAGAUUUUAAAGUUGUAUUCUUGACCACAUGUAGGGACUAAAAUGACAAAGUUUUCUGAAAUCGGUCUUGUUUUAGAGAUAAUGACUUGGAAAAUUUGUUUCUGUAAUAACUUAGUGAAAAACGCCUUUUUGGCUGCGACGCUGUCACUUAUGUGACUUGGUUUUGACAUACCUACUAUCAAAGAUUAAAGUUUUAAAUGAAACUCGAACUUUUUUAUCAGAACAAUAAAAAGACUAUUUUUUCGUUGUAAGAUAUUUAUUUUUUGAAAAGAUUUAAAAAUUAGUAAAACGCAUAAUUUUUCUAUGCAAUUUUUUUUUGUCGAAUUCUACCAAGGCUCACAUAACAUAUUUUGUGCCUUAUGACCUCAGGAAUGCGUGGUUAAAAUCUACGAUAUAUAUAGAACAAUUAUACUGAGAUAGAUACUUUUCAACACGAUCUGUAGAAAUAUAUCCCUAUUAGGAAAAGUAUUUCACCCGCUACUAUUGAUGCUGACUGUACCAGUGUCAAUAAAUCCCAAGAGACACUUGCACCAGUCCACUAACCCGGGGUUAAUCGGUUAAACCUGGAGAAAAUUGUACUUGUAACCAUGGUAACACUAGGCUUAACCUCGGGUUAGUUAUUGGUGCAAGGGACCCUUAAACCUGGAGUUACCAUGGUUACCAGUAUAAUUUGACACUGGGAUAACGCUCUAACCGGUUAGCUCCGGAUAAGUAGUGUCAAAAAAUAGUAAGAGCCACUUGCACCAUUCCACUAACCCGGGGUUAAUCGAUUAAACCUGGAGUUACCAUGGUUACCAGUACAAUUUGAUACUGGGAUAACGGUUUCACCGGUUAACCCUGGGUUAGUGGGAUGGUGCAAGUGACACUAUACACUAUACACUAGGGGCAUUUGCACCAUCCCCCUAACCCGGGGUUAAUCGGUUAAACCAGGAGUUACCAUGACUAUAAGUACAAUUUGACACUGGGUUAACGGUUUAACCGGUUAACCCCGGGUUAGUGGUAUGGUGCAAGUGCCGGUAAGAGUACUAAGACCUUCCAAAAAUAAAGAUUUUUAAAUAACGGAAAUACAUGGAAAAUAAUUUAUAAUUAUGGGUUCUCAUUAUACCAGGCCUUAACAUUUACCUUGGUCAUGGUUAUAUGUUAUUUAUGUUAAACAUGUCGUGUCGAUGACGAUGUUACUUCAUUUUAAUUUUAAUCUUAAAUGUUAAUAUUUUCCUUUUUUGAUUGUGAAACGUACUUACAAUUACAAUUUAACGUAAUUACAAUUUGUAAAUCAAUCGAUCUUAAACGUAUCUUAAUCAUUCUUCAAUCGGGCUGUUAGAGAAAGAUAAGAAUAAGAUAACUGUUAACAGAA